AUGCGCGUUUUGAUGGUUGCAGAGAAGCCAUCGCUGGCUGAUGCCUUGAGUCGACUACUGGCACCUGGAGGUCGUUAUGAAACACACAAGCGAACGACACCCGUGCAUGAAUGGACAGGCCCUUUUCGCGACGAUCCCAAUGCGCAUUUCAAGUUUACGUCUGUGACAGGACAUGUGUACAAUGUCGAUUUCACGUCCGAGUACAAUUCCUGGGAUCUGGAUCCCAUCAAGCUGUUCAGUGGCAAGAUCCGCAAGAACGAAGCCAAUCCCAAAAUGCGACUGACGCAGCACUUGCACAACGAGGCCAAGGGUGUGGACUAUCUUGUCUUGUGGCUCGAUUGCGACCGUGAAGGUGAAAACAUUUGCUUUGAAGUGAUCAACAAUUGUCUGCCAGCCAUGAAGCAUAAGAGCAUGGAUCACGUGCUACGAGCUCGCUUCUCAGCCAUCACAGCACAAGAUGUACGACGCGCCAUGCAAAACCUGGGUCAACCCAACGAGAAUGAAGCCAAAGCUGUGGAUGCACGCCAAGAAUUCGAUCUCAAAGUGGGUGUCGCUUUCACUCGCUUCCAAACCCGGUUCUUCCAAGGCAAAUAUGGCAAUUUGGAUGCUACGGUGAUCAGCUAUGGCCCUUGUCAGACGCCCACUUUAUCCUUUUGCGUUGAGCGCCAUGAUCGUAUUCAGAGUUUUCAACCAGAGUCUUUUUGGAGUAUUGCCGCCACCAUUCAAAAACAUGGCAAUCCAGCUGUCAAGUUGAAUUGGCAUCGUGAACGCAUCUUUGAUAGAAGCAUUGCCAGCUUGUUCCUUGGUACCAUCGAGAACGAGAAAUAUGCAACCGUCGUGGAUAUUGAGACCAAACGUAAAUCAAAGCAACGACCCCAUGCUCUCAACACCGUCGAGCUUCUCAAACAUUGCUCAUCCUCACUUGGUAUUAGCCCUAGUGAAAGUAUGAGCAUUGCCGAACGGCUUUAUACUCAAGGCUACAUUUCAUAUCCAAGAACGGAGACAUCCAAGUAUCCUGACAACUUUGAUCUUGACAGCGUGCUGAAAGAGCAAUCCCGCCAAUCCAACUGGGGUCAAUUUUGCGAGGAGCUGCUAAGAAAUGGAUAUACCAAACCCACCAGUGGCACAGACGUUGGAGACCAUCCUCCUAUUACACCUAUGCGCGUAGCUGAAGAGGGUGAUCUUUAUGGUGAUGCCUGGCGGAUAUAUGACUUUAUUGCAAGAACUUUUAUUGGUUCGAUCAGCCCCAACAUGCAAUACACAUCGACCAGCGUCACAUUUGCCAUUGGAAAUGAAAAGUUUCAUUGCAAAGGAUCUCAGGUCUUUUCUCCUGGAUUUGCUUCAGUCAUGCACUGGAUGAGCAAAGCAGACGAGUAUAUUCCAGAAUUUACCAAGGGUGAAUCCAUACCGAUCGCAUCACUUUCAUUGCCUGAAGGCAAAACAAGCCCACCUGAAUACUUGACAGAAGCUGAAUUGAUUGGACUCAUGGAACAAAAUGGUAUCGGCACUGAUGCAAGUAUUCCAACGCAUAUCAACAAUAUUUGUCAACGCAAUUAUGUGGCGGUAACGGGAGCUGCUCGACGACUUGUUCCCACCAAUCUCGGUAUUGUGCUGAUUCAUGGAUAUCAAAAAAUCGAUCCAGAGUUAUCCUUACCCACGAUGCGAUCCGAUAUGGAACAACAACUUAACCUGAUUGCCAUGGGCAAGGCACCACAGCGUGAUGUAUUGGAGUACUUUUUGGACAUGUUUGAACGCAAAUUUGCCUACUUUGUCAAAAAUAUUGAUGCCAUGGAUGAGCUAUUUGAAGCAACCUUUUCGGCAUUGGCAGCAACAGGACGACCCCUAUCAAAGUGUGGCAAAUGCAAGCGAUACAUGAAGUACAUUGCUCUGAAACCAAAUCGAUUGCAUUGUGCUACUUGCGAUGAAACGUAUUCACUGCCAUUGAAUGGAAAUAUCAAGCUCUAUCGAGAAUUGCGAUGUCCAUUGGAUGAUUUUGAGCUUGUGCUUUAUUCGACUGGAUCCAAAGGUACCGGCUAUCCCAUAUGUCCGUAUUGCUACAAUCAUCCACCGUUUGAGGAUACCAAAAAAGGCAUGGGUUGUAAUCAUUGUUUGCAUCCAACAUGUCCCCAUUCCAUGGUCACGAAUGCAGUAGGCCCAUGUCCUGAAUCCGAACGAGAGACUGAUCCAUGCCAAGGUCGACUUGUGUUGGACGCUACUUCGGCACCACGAUGGAAAUUAAGCUGUAACGAAUGCAAUAUUGUCACCACCUUUGUGGAUACCAUCAAACAUGUAUCGAUUGUCGAUGAACUAUGCGAGGAUUGUGGUGGUGUGAUAUUGAAGGCCGAGUUUCGAGAAAACCAAAACAAGCCGCCUGUUACUGGAUGUAUCAUGUGUGAUGAUGAGAUGGAAGGUUUAUUACAAACACGAUUUGCUAGAAAGAGCGUGCGGGCGCGCCGAGGAAAGGGUAAAAAGGGAGGCCGUAGAAGAAAAGGCAAAUUUGCCGAUCCAAAGAUGCGAAAGUUGUACGCUGAUAUGCGAUAA